ACUUCACUCAAGUCAUCUUUCUUUCUUUGUUUCUUUUCUUUUUUGUUUGUGAUUCUCAAACUAAGACACACUUCACAAACACGUUUUUUUUAUCAUCAUGGCAAGACCACAACAACGUUAUCGAGGUGUUCGUCAGAGACAUUGGGGCUCUUGGGUCUCUGAAAUUCGUCACCCUUUAUUGAAGACAAGAAUAUGGCUAGGAACAUUUGAAACAGCAGAGGAUGCAGCAAGAGCAUAUGAUGAAGCAGCAAGAUUAAUGUGUGGACCAAAAGCACGUACCAAUUUCCCAUACAACCCAAAUGGACCACAAUCAUCUUCAUCUAAGCUUCUUUCAGCUACUUUAACUGCAAAGCUAAAUAAGUGUCACAUGGCUUCUCUUUCUCUUCAAAUGUCUAAACAACAAUCACUACCACAAAAAGAACCACAACAUGUUUCAACACAAAGUUUCAAUUCUUCCAUUAAUAAUAACACUUUUGUCUAUGGUAAUGACAUUGGUGGAACAAGUGGUGAAACUAGCUUAAUUAGAUGGCUUGAUGAAGGAAAUAGUUUUGUUGGUUUUGAAGGUCAUCAACAAGUUGAAGUUUCUAAUCAACAAUUUCAACCUGUUCUUGAAGAUGAUCAUAUUGAACAAAUGAUUCAAGAGUUGCUUGAUUCUGGUUGUUCAAUUGAGAUUUGUUCCGUCGGUUCAUCUUAGACUAUAUCUCUAAAAUAAUAUAGCAUUUAAGGUUCGCGAUGAGUUAUGAGAGACCCAACUCGUCUAAAACAAAUUUCUCCAUGACACCUUUUUGAAAGAGAGUGUCCUAGUAGUAGUUGUACUAAUUCACCAUAUAAUAAUAAAUGUAUAACGCUCAUAAGUAUUUUCAGAUAUUCACUUCACCCGUUAUUGUGUGUUUGUUUUCACGACAGAAAACUCUAAAUGCGUGCCCAAAUGAAAACAUUAUAAUCGCACGUCUAGAGUAUUUCUGUCGUGGUUACAAACAUUUGUUUUGUUGACAAUUAUGUGGAAUUAGAGUGUAACAAAUCAUGCAUAUGAUGAAUUUUGAUAUAAAAUAUUAGUAUAAAAAAGGGUACAAUAUUCUAGCUUA